GCGACACACACACCAGAGAGGCGGAGUCUCGUGCACGUUGAUGUUUGUAUGAAUUUGCUGCAGACGGCUUUUCGUCGGUUCUUUGUCGCUUCGUUGUCGGCUCAUCGUCGGAAGAGCCUGGCCGUGAUCAGAAAUGUCUGUGACCGAGAUGUUCAGUUACAUUCAGGGCUUCCUGAGCGCCGACCAGGACGUCAGAGAGGAUAUCCGUAAGGUGGUCCAGCUGCUGGAGCAGACUGCCAGAGAAAUACUAACAGUCCUCCAAAGUGUCCACCAGCCAUCUGGAUUUAAAGAGAUUCCCAGUAAAUGUGCAAAGGCUCGGGAGCUGUUCUGCACAGUCAAGACACACCUCGCUGACCUCAAAACCAAAUUUCCUGUGGAGCAGUAUUACAGGUUCCAUGAACACUGGCGGUUUGUUCUGCAGCGCUUGGCUUUCUUAUCAGCCUUUGUCGUCUACCUGGAGACUGAAACUCUGGUGACUCGAGAGGAUGUGGCCCAGAUACUCGGCAUUGAGGUGGUGAGAGAGAAAGGCUUUCACCUGGACAUAGAGGACUACCUGGCAGGUGUGCUGAUCAUGGCCAGUGAACUGUCACGGUUGGCGGUAAACAGCGUCACAGCAGGAGACUACACCCGACCGCUGCGUAUCUCCAACUUCAUCAAUGAACUGGACUCUGGCUUCCGUCUGCUCAACCUGAAGAACGACCCCCUAAGGAAGCGUUACGAUGGCCUCAAGUACGACGUUAAGAAGAUCGAGGAGGUGGUUUACGACCUGUCCAUCCGCGGGCUGGCCAAGGAGCCAGAGUCCUGCAUGGACAAGUAGAGCUUGGAUGUGGUGAUUGGCUGUGGGAGACGGAGGAGGGCUGGGACCUCUACACGGCUGCUGCACCUUUCCCCACCUGGGCCGCAAGACCCGGGGGUGUACCUGAGGCCCCGACAGCUGAGGACAGACCGUGUGAGUGUGAAUGUCGGAUGUCAGAAGGGUGGCAGAGACAGUGGCAGCACCCUCAUCACCCUUUAAGAUCGAAGGUUCAGUUUGUAGCUGAUUUUUUGAAGUCUGUGUUUUCAGCUUCAUCUUAUUCUUGUUGUUUUACUUCGAACAUUUCAUUUGAUUUGUAACAGUCAACUUGUUUUUCUUAAAUUGUGCUAGUGAUGUUUAAUCAUUCAAGGUAGACAGACACUCUGGACGUGCAGAGUUGAUUGUUUCUGCAUGUUUGAGUACAAACAAAAAAGAAGCAAAGGUGAAAUGUGUUCGUGUUGUUCACCAUAUCAGCCGAUGCCUGGUGGGAUUUCUUGGGAUGCAUCCAAACAGACAUCCAGGAGCCUUAAUUAUGGAGGAAAUAUUUGAUGCAACAAUCAGACGAUUAAAUCUAGAAGUACGCGAGAGCAGCCAGUGUGACUGUAUUCUCAGCACCUAACGUGCAGCUAACCUGACGUCUAAAUGAGGCUCCAGAAGAGUAAGAUGCACUUCACAUGAUAAAAAACUCCUCUGUGAUUAGUUAGACUCCUUUUUUUGUAUUUUCUCCCUGCAGCAAGGAAACCUGCCGAACAGUGCCAUAUAAUUAUGUGUGUCGGGUGAAGAAUCUUUCUCUGAAGAGAAGAAGAAACACUCAGAAUGUCAUGUAGUGCAUGCCAUAUGUUUACUGUUUCUCUUGUUUGUUUCACUUCAGGAAACAUCUUUAAGAUUUGUUUCUAUGAUCCACGCUUCUGUUAAAUUCUGUACUGUUGUAGAGCUGGAUUGUAUUUUGUAAAAAAAGAAUUCACUUUCACUCA